AUGUCUCCUUCCUUAUCGCGUCUCUUCACCUCCCUUCCCAACUUCACCGCUUCGUCUUCUUCUUCUUCUACUCGUCACCAAUAUUCACACUUCCACCCACAACAACUCAAACUCCAAUUCAAACCUCUUUCACCAAAACCCUCAUCUUUCAACAACCGAAACAAUGAAAAACUGACUCAACUCAAUGCGUUUAACGAAGGACUUAACGGAAUCAUUGAAGAAGAGACUUUCAACUCCAUGGAAGAUAAACAAUUCGUGCGUUCCUUUCGUGAAGCGUGGCCUUACCUUUGGGUUUUUCGUGGAAGCACCUUUGUUCUCAUCAUCUCCGGCGAAAUUGUCGCUAGUCCUUACUUUGAUCCCAUUCUCAAGGAUAUAGCUUUUCUUCAUCACCUUGGAAUUCGGUUUGUUCUUGUUCCUGGUACUCAUGUGCAAAUUGACAAGCUUUUGAAAGAGAGAGGGAGCCAGCCUAAGUAUGUUGGGAGAUAUAGAAUAACCGAUGGUCCGUCUCUAGAAGCUGCAAUGGAAGCGGCAGGAGGAAUAAGAUUGAUGAUGGAAGCUAAACUUUCACCUGGACCUUCCAUAUGUAAUAUUCGUAGACACGGUGAUAAUAGUCGGUGGCAUGAUGUUGGUGUCAGUGUUGCAAGUGGUAACUUUCUUGCAGCCAAGAGAAGAGGAGUUGUCGAUGGAAUUGAUUAUGGGUCAACUGGGGAGGUUAAAAAAGUAGAUGUAACCCGCAUGCGUGAGAGACUUGAUGGUGGUUGUAUAGUUAUUUUAACCAACUUGGGCUACUCCAGCUCUGGAGAAGUUUUGAAUUGCAACACCUAUGAAGUGGCAACAGCUUGUGCCUUGGCUAUAGGAGCAGACAAGUUAAUUUGUGUUAUAGAUGGCCCAAUACUUGAUGAGAAUGAACGCCUAAUUCGUUUCUUGCCUCUUGAAGAAGCAGACAUGUUAAUUCGUAAACGGGCUAAGCAAAGUGAAACAGCUGCUACCUAUGUCAAAGCUGUUGACGAAGAAGAAUUGCAUAAAGCAACUUUCCAUAAUGGUGUUGGUUUUGAGAAUGGAGAUGGCUUAGGGAAUAGCGAGCAAGGCUUUGCUAUUGGAGGUCAAGAAAGGCUAAGUCGAAUGAACGGCUACUUGUCAGAAUUGGCUGCUGCAGCUUUUGUUUGCAGAGGCGGGGUUCAAAGAGUGCACUUGUUGGAUGGCACUAUUAGUGGAGUUUUACUGUUGGAAUUGUUUAAAAGAGAUGGAAUGGGAACUAUGGUGGCAAGUGAUCUUUAUGAAGGCACUCGAAUGGCACAGAAAAAAGAUCUUUCUGGAAUAAAACAAAUUAUGCAGCCGUUGCAGGCAUCUGGCGUACUGGUUAAGCGGACUGACAAAGAGUUGCUACAAAUGUUGGAUAAUUUCGUUGUUGUGGAAAGAGAAGGUCAAAUAAUUGCCUGUGGUGGCCUUUUUCCUUACUUUGAGGAGAAAUGUGGAGAGGUUGCUGCUAUUGCAGUAUCUCCUGAUUGUCGUGGCCAAGGACAAGGAGACAAAUUGCUUGAUUAUAUGGAGAAGAAAGCAGCAUUUCUUGGAUUGAAUAGGCUUUUCCUGCUUACAACACGUACAGCAGAUUGGUUUGUGAGGCGUGGAUUUUCAGAAUGUUCAAUUGAUUAUAUUCCUGAAAAGAAGAAGAAAACAAUCAACCUGUCCCGCAAUUCCAAGUAUUAUAUAAAGGAGCUUCUACCAAACAAGAGUGGGAUUACUAUUGGUGCAAACAAAUUUGCUUCAAAUUAG